AUGGAGAUCAUCAUGUGGUUGGAUGCCGGAGUUAUUUAUCCUAUUGCAGAUAGUAAUUGGGUGUAUCUUGUGCAGUGUGUGCCUAAAAAAGGUGGUAUUACUGUGGUUCCAAAUGAGAUAAACGAGCUUGUUCCAAUGUGGCCUGUGACCGGAUGGAGAGUCUCCUCAUCUGAUGAGGCCACUAGCUCAGAGACAGUAACAGUACCACAGAAUGAAGACCCUACCCCAGUGGCCGGCGAGCCAAAUAGAUGGUUUGUUGAGGGCCAACGACAGAUUUAUCGGGAUGCCAAGAUGAAAAAUGACAAAGAGAAGAUGGCCCGACUUAUUACAGAUGAGCGUAGAGUCCUCACGGGGAGCUUGCACACUGUCCCCGACAUCCACCGGCUUUUAAACUUCACAAGUGUGACUGGAUGGCUCGAGAUCGAAUGA